AUGGAAGGCUGCACACGACACGUAAUAUUGGCGCUAUGCGCAUGCGCACACGCGCAAUACGCCGAAGAACGUGCGCCCCGAUACAUCGCUACAGAGUCCAAAACAGCGCCGCCCCCGCCCGUCGCCAUUCUUAAACAGAUAAACAGACACAAUGAAGAUGGCUCCUAUACAUACGGCUAUGAAGCUGGAGAUGGCUCUUUCAAGAUCGAAACCAAGUCACCAACCGGUGAAGUUAAAGGGAAAUAUGGCUACAAAGAUGACACAGGCAAGCUAAGAGUAAUCGAGUAUGGAGCCAAUAAGUACGGUUUCCAGCCUGCUGGAGAGGGUAUCACUGUUGCACCCCCCACUCUUGUGGAUGAGUCUACCAGGGAUGAAGGUCUGCGGCCUAGCAAGUCACAGCAAGGGGGUAGAACGCAAUACCGCGCACAACCCCAGCAAUCCAUAGAUUACGAUUACGACGAGCCAGCUCCGCGGCCGGCGCCCCGUCCUUCUCCCCAACCCGCCUAUCGCGCUAGUCCGGCACCCCAGCAGUACCGUCCUACACCGGCGCCAUACAGACCGCCGCCCCAACCUCAGCCACAAUAUAGACCACAACCACAAUCUGCACCUACGCCGCCCAAGCCCCAAUUCUUCUCGGGCGCCGCACCAGCUCCAGUAGAAGACAAUUUCUUCAACCCAGAACCCCAAGCGAGGCAACAGCAGUACAGGCCCAAGCAGGACUUCCGUCCAGCGCCUCAACCACAACAGUUCUCACAAAGGCACACCGAGUUGGACUUCAACCAGGACUUCGGCCCCGCACCUCAGCAACCACGAUUCCAGCAGAACCAGUUCCAACAAGCCAAGCCGAGCCAACAGUUCUCCAUGUUAGACCAACUGCUCAAGGAAUACGCCCUGCCUAAGGGUGGUGCUGCCCCAGUGCACGAUAUCACCUUUGGAUCCUUCUAG